GAUAUGCAGUUAUACAAAUUUUGUAUAUGACGCGCUUUGUUUCUCUUGCUUUUCUGUUCUCGUUAUCACCAUUCACAAGUAUUGAUGUCUGUUAGCAUUGAAAGAAUAAAGCGGCUUUAAGAAUUUGACUGUCAGCAAUUUAGUACAAUUUCCAACUACUUCUGAGGCAUAUAUAGUUUGUAUAUUUUUUGAGAGGAUUUGGUAUAAGAAUUAUAACAAUGUCCAGCACAUCACAAAAACAUAAAAACUUUGUCGCUGAACCUAUGGGUGACAAACCAGUUACUGAUCUGGCUGGCAUCGGUGAAGUAUUAGGAAAAAGAUUAGAAGCAACAGGAUUUGAUAAAGCAUAUGUCAUACUUGGGCAAUACCUCGUUUUGAAAAAGGACAAGGAGCUAUUUCAAGAAUGGAUGAAAGAUCAAUGCUCUGCCAAUGCUAAGCAAUCAAAUGACUGUUACCAAUGUCUUAGCGAUUGGUGUGAACAAUUUUUGUAAACCAGUUUUGUGAACGCCUACAACGUUAAGACUAACUGCAAUUUUUUAACAUAUUUUAUAUUUCUUAUUAGAAUAUGCAAGUUUUACUAUAACAAUUAUCGUGAUUUAAUAUCAUUGUACCGAUACACUGUCAUACUAAAUUGUUAACUUAUGUUAGUCACAAUAUUAUUGAAAUUGUAAACUUUUUUUUUGUAAUAACUAAAAGUUUCCUUACGUUCGUUGAAGUUGUGAUACAGAAUUAUGCCACCUUGAUAAAAUGGUUUUUAAAGUGAGAGUAUCUAUUAUAACUUCCAUAGAAUUCUAACCAAUGUCUAUUAUUUCACACCUGACUGAUUUUUUGUGGUAUUUCCUUAGUAAUCUAUGAAUUACACUUUACAGUGAUACGCGUCAAGACAAUAGAAUUCUUUUUUAUUGAAACUUUUUCCAUCUUUGCUUUUUAAGUUUAUCAGAGAUAUUAAAUUUUGCACAUUAAUAGGUAACCCAUUAUUGUUCAAAAUUUGUACAUAGGUGAUGACCUACGUCGAACAAUCUUACAAAAUGUGUAGAAUUGACUCAUAUCGAUAUCCUUGCUUGUGAAAAUGUUAUAAUAAAAAAGUUCUUAUAUUGA